AUAGCGUAUAGAGGCGGCCGGCCAUGCAAGUGUAACGCCAGACGCAUUUUCUCUUUCAUAUAGAGAAAAUAGUGUAAAGGUUUCGUUUCUUUUCUGGAGUUUCCGGCGGAAUAUUCCAAAAAAAAUUAUUUAUUUGUCACCGGACAUAUAUUUUCAGAUAUUAGCUUUGAGGAAGGAGAGAUGAUGAAGCUUUUGCAUCUGUUCAUAACUUCAUCAAAACCAGUUGUGGAGAUUCUGCUGAUAACAACAGUUGGAUUCUAUAUGGCUCUUGACGGAGUCAAUCUUCUUGGUCAAGAUGCUCGCAAAUUUUUGAACAACAUUGUCUUCUAUGUGUUUAGUCCUUCCCUUAUUGGAAGCCGUUUAGCUAAUAGUGUUACAUAUGAAAGCUUGAUGCAAAUGUGGUUCAUGCCGGUUAAUGUUCUGCUUACAUUCAUCAUUGGUUCGUUCCUAGGCUGGAUUGUUAUUCUCAUCACUAAACCUCCUUCCCAUCUUCGUGGUCUCAUUGUUGGUUGUUGUGCUGCUGGGAAUCUGGGAAACAUGCCACUAAUCAUUGUUCCAGCUGUUUGUAAAGAGAAAGGAGGCCCCUUUGGAGAUCCUGAGAAUUGUCAGAAGUAUGGAGUUGGUUAUGUUGCACUCUCCAUGGCUAUGGGGUCAAUUUACAUAUGGACAUACGUAUACAAUCUUAUGCGGGUGCUAACAAACUCUCCCAUUGAAACUCAACCUUCUAUUGAAUCCAGCUGCAAAGUCCCACUGAUUUCUUCUAAAGAAGAAGAAGAUAACCAAAAGGUUGGGAGGUGGGACAAAGUCAAGAGAAGAAUGGUUUCACUGUCUGGGAAAGUCAAUUUAAGGACAAUAUUUGCUCCAUCAACUAUUGCUGCGAUGAUCGCGCUCGUGGUCGGGCUAAUUACUCCUAUAAGGAAGCUAAUCAUCGGUAAUGGAGCUCCUCUAGGAGUGCUUCAAGACUCAGUAACUUUAGUGGGAGAUGGGGCCAUUCCUGCUAUGACAUUGAUCAUUGGAGGAAACCUACUCAAAGGUAUGAGAAGUUCAGGAAUGAAAAAAUCAAGCAUUGUUGGCGUCUUGGUUGCACGUUACAUAUUCUUGCCUAUAAGUGGUGUUUUAAUCGUAAGAGGAGCAUACAAGUUUGAUUUGAUUACCUCAGAGCCUUUGUACCAGUUCGUUCUUCUUCUACAGUAUGCUGUCCCACCAGCAAUGAAUCUAGGUACAAUAACUCAGUUGUUUGGAGCUGGGGAAAGUGAAUGCUCAGUGAUUCUGCUCUGGACUUACGCUUUGGCUUCAGUUUCACUCACUGUUUGGCCCACAUUCUUCAUGUGGCUUGUGGCUUAGUUCACUCUUCACCACACCUUGAGCUUGCAAUAUGUAUUGUUUUAUUCCAUUCAUUCAAGAUCUGAACUUGUAGAUGAUUGGAUCAUGUAUUGAAGACCAUCAUUAUAGAAUAGAUAUAUUUCCUUGAAAA